CAAGAUGGAGGAAACACUUCUAGAAAAUAAUCUUCAAAAAGAAAGUUCGUUUAGCGCUGAAGAUGAGUUAAUAGAUCGUAUUAAAAGAGCAGAGUAUCCACGAUCAUUAGAUUUGACCUAUCUUGACCAUUCAGGUGCUACCUUAUAUUCUAAGUCCCAUAUAGAGAAACACCACCAAGACCUGCUGCAGAAUGUGUAUGGGAAUCCCCAUAGUUCAAACCCAAGUAGUAAACUCACCUCAGAUACAAUCGACCAGAUCCGCUACAGGAUCUUACAAUAUUUGAGGACAAAUGACAAGGAAUAUUCAGUGAUAUUCACAUCAGGAUGUACUGCAGCUUUGAAACUUGUGGCAGAAUCAUUUCAAUAUAGCCAAAAAACUGGUCAGGCAGAGGAAGUUACCAAGUCAACUCAGGUCAAGUUGACUCAAGAACAUGGAGUUGCCAAGUCAACUCAUGAUUAUGGACAAAAUGACACUACAAAUGAUACUUCCAUAUCACAUGUGGAUUCAAACAGUGCUUUUAAGUCUGAGGAUCGGGAUAAAGAAUGUAACGCUUUUAAAUAUGGAGUCUUUAGUUGCAUUGAUACUAGUCAUACCUCUGUGGUAGGAAUGAGAGAGCUUGCUAUACACAAUGGUGCAUCAUUUGUAUGUCUCAGUGAAUCUAGUAUACAAUCAAAUCUUAAUCAAACCAUGAAAGGAAACAUGGGUCCAAAAUCGAUUGGGGAUAAUACUACUGCAAAAUAUGGGAAUAAUCUAUUUGUAUAUCCAGCACAGUGCAAUUUCUCUGGAAGAAAAUAUCCAUUGUCUUGGAUAAAAGAUAUUCAAGAUGGCCGUCUGGGUGCAGUGUCCUCUGGGAAAUGGUAUUGUCUCCUUGACGCAGCCUCCUUCCUGACUACGUCAACUUUGGACUUGAGUGAACAUAAGCCCGACUUUGUUACCCUCUCUUUCUAUAAGAUAUUUGGAUUUCCAACAGGAAUAGGUGCUCUACUUGUGAAGAAUGCAAGCGAACAUGUGCUACAGAGGCGUUACUUUGGAGGGGGUACAGUAAAUGUAGCCCUAACCGACCAGAGGUUUCAUAACAUGAGGAAAAAUAUAUCAGACAGAUUUGAGGAUGGGACAGUUUCAUUUCUGGAUAUUAUUGCAUUGCGACAUGGAUUUGAUACUCUAAAUAUGUUCACAGGAUCUACAAAUGUUCCCAAGCACACUUUUCACCUUGCCUGGUAUACAUAUACAGUCCUUAGCAACCUUCGCCAUAGUAACCAAUGUCCUGUUGCUAGGCUAUAUUGUGAUACUGAAUACCGUGAUGUCACUACUCAAGGACCAAUAGUCAACUUCAAUUUACUGAGACCAAAUGGAGAGUAUAUUGGCUUUGCAGAGGUAGAUAAACUAGCACAGUUGUAUGACAUUCACCUGAGAACUGGUUGCUUCUGUAACACUGGAGCUUGUCAGAAACACUUGGCACUUUCUGACCAGACGAUCAAGGACAACUUUCAGGCUGGCCAUGUAUGUGGUGAUGACAGAGAUAUUGUCAAUGGUCUCCCUACAGGAUCAAUACGGGUCUCAUUUGGCUACAUGUCAACACUGAAAGAUGCACAGACACUGAUCAAAUUCAUUGUUGAGUGCUUCGUCGAUGGACAUGGAGAUAUUGCACAGUUAACAGCUUUGAAUACAAAUCAGUGCCCUUGUCAUAAUAGUCCAAACCAUGACCACAAUUUAAACCAAAACCUUUCUUCAAAACAUGCUCUUGACUGGGACUAUGCCAUUGGUUCAAACCAUACCCCUAGUCCACAUGAUGACCUUGGUCCAGAAUCAACUAAGGCUGCAGCUGACCAAUCUAAUAGCUGUGGUGAUAAUGCUGUGACAUUAGCAGUAAAGACAAACAGCUGUGAUGACAGCACUAAUGAUAUCACUGUAACAGUGGAAGCUAAUAGCUGUAAUGAUAAUGAUGUAACAUUAACAGAUAUAAAACAGGGCCAUAUGCAGACUCCUAAUGUAGCUCUACCUGAAGUUCCUAAGGAAAUAGGAACUGUUCAUCAGAUAUCUGUCUAUCCUGUCAAGUCUUGUGCUGCAUUUCAGGUAGCCAGCUGGAAUAUUUGUUCAACUGGACUUGUGUAUGACCGUCAGUGGAUGGUGGUAAAUGCUAGUGGUGCUUGUAUUUCACAGAAGAGAGAGGCCAGACUCAGUUUAAUAAAGCCAACCAUAGAUCUAGAGAGAGGACUGCUUAGCCUUAACUAUAAAGAUAUGACAUCGAUUGAUGUAACUCUACAAUACCAUGGUAAUACAACCACUGAUGCAUCACUUUGCCACUCCAAAGUCUGUGGAGACAGGGUGAGUGGAGUAGAUUGUGGUGACGAAGUUGCUUCAUGGCUCAGUCGUGUCCUCAACCAAGAUGGCUGCCGCUUGAUACGCCAAAGCCAAUCAGAAUCCAGAGUAUGUAAAUUGAGGCCUGAUGACUCUGGGAGUAAGAUGUCUCUUGCCAAUGAAUCCCAGUAUCUGUUGAUCAACUUAUCAAGUUGUAGGGAGCUACAGAAUGAGGUAGCAAGAAUGGGCAACUGCAUUAUAGAUUUAGAUAAUCUUGUGGAGAGAUUCAGGGCAAACAUAAUUGUUGACAGUCCAACUGGUUAUGUUGAAGACACAUGGACACAUGUUACACUGGGAACCCACUCCUUCAAGAGCAUGGGCCAGUGCAGCAGAUGUCAGAUGGUUUGUGUGGAUCAGAGUUCUGCUGAGAGGAGUAGAGAACCACUUAAAACACUGGCUGUAACACGUGGCAAAAAGAUACCUUUUGGAAUCCACCUUAGCAAUAGUUCAGAUACUACAGGUGUGUUAUCUGUAGGCGAUACCAUUACUCACCAAUAGAGAGCAGCACCUUCCUGCAAGUUAACAUUCUACAUGCUUGUUAUCUAUGAGCG